AUGACAUUUAAUCCUUCGAUAAAAAGAUUACUAAGAGAAUAUAAGUAUAUGAAAGAGCUUGAAGAUUCUAGUAUUAGCGCAGGACCGAUUUCUGAUUCAGAUUUGACACAAUGGGAAGCCUGUAUUAUAGGACCACCGGGAACACCAUAUGCCGAUGGAAUAUUCAAACUAGCUAUUAAGUUUCCACCAGACUAUCCCUUUAAACCACCAAAAGUAACCUUUAAAACUAGAAUUUAUCACUCAAAUAUUCACAACUGUAGUAUUUGUUUAGACAUACUUAAGAAUAAUUGGAGUCCUGCAUUGACUAUUGAAAAAGUAUUAAUUUCAAUCACAUCACUUCUUAAUGAUCAGAAUGCCGAUGAUCCACUGUUUCGUCAAGCAGCCUAUGAUUUUAAGGAAAAUCGUGAGGAAUUUAAUAGAAUUGCAAGGGAGUGGACAAGGAAAUAUGCUUCACCUGAUAGGGUCGAUAAAAACAAUUCUGAUGAACAAGAAGAAUAA